AUUUAUAUUUUCCUGUGAGGAGGAGCUACUCUGGAUCGCAGGGCAUGUGCACACGGUGGGCUGAAAACAACAAGAUUAACGAAGGAUUUGUUUACAGCUGUUUAGAUAUUGGUGAUGCCUGUCAGACUGCUCAAUACAGUCUGAUCAUUAAGCUACAGCAGUCCGCUCAGAGAGAUAGGCUACACGCCGCCAGACCUGUCCCGUCUCAACUCCACCCUACACGCAGGGGAAGGUGUGAAGAUGUUACAGAAAGGAAGUCAGAAAGAGUCUCUCUUCCUCUGUUUGUUAUUGGUGUCCUGUCCUCCCUUUCUCAGGUCAGAGUACAGUAGUUGUGGAGAGUUUGAGUUCUACAACCAGACCCUCAGUAGCUGCCAGCCCUGCCCACCAUGCCAACCUGGACAGGAGCCCCACAUGAACUGUGGCUAUGGGACUAAGGAUGAGGACUUUGUGUGUGUGUCGUGCCCGCCGGGGAAGUACUCGAAGGGAAAGUAUGAGAUCUGCAGGAGACAUAAGGACUGUGAAGGUCUGUACCGUGCUACAGUACUCAAACCUGGGACACCAGACAAUGAUGCAGACUGUGGACCCUGCUUACCUGGGUAUUACAUCCAGGAGAACCGGCCCAGGAACCUGUAUGGGAUGGUCUGUCACUCGUGUCAAAAUGCACCGCGCAACACUAAAGAGUGCAUGCUUACCAAAGUUGUGCUGUCAGGCAAAGCCCCCAGUGUCUCAACCAGCAGUACCACCAUGUUCCCUCACCCUCACAAAGACCCCACAGGACAGGGUCACCUAGCAACUGCUCUCAUCAUCGCCAUGUCAACCAUCUUCAUCAUGGCCAUCGCCAUUGUCCUCAUCAUCAUGUUCUACAUCCUCAAAGCCAAGCCCAGCGGACAGGCAUGCUGCUCUGGUCAGGUGGUGAAGGCAGUGGAGGCUCAGACCAACAAACAGGAGGAUAAGAAAGAUGUUCCAGACAAUGUUGUAAUUUUCUCCGAAAAGGAUGAAUUUGACAAACUCAAACCUACGCCUCCGAAGACGGUGAAAAGUGAGAAUGAUGCAUCGUCAGAGAACGAGCAGCUGUUGAGUCGUAGUAUGGAUAGUGAUGAGGAGGCAGCCUUGGAGAGGCAGGGGGCAGCUGAUCCUAACCCCAGCCUCUGUCUCCUGAACCUGGGAACCAAGCCGGACCUCUGCCUGCUUUCCCUGAGGCUCCUCAACAAGGAUAAGACUGGAUCCAACCCCACCAGCCCUAUCAACGCUAACAACAUUAGCAAUAGCAAUGCAAACAUCAUCAAUAACAACAACAAGGCUACAGGGAUUCAGAGCCGGAGGAAAAAGAUCCUGGAUCUGUAUGCUAGAGCCUGCAAUGUGGCCGAGGGUCUAAGUCCUACAGAACUACCAUUUGACUGUCUGGAGAAGGCCAGUCGGAUGCUGAGCUCCUCCUACAGUAGCGAGGCAGCCGUGGUGAAGACCUGGAGACACCUGGCAGAGAGCUUUGGCCUGAAGAGGGAUGAGAUCGGAGGGAUGAGUGACGGCCUGCAGCUGUUUGAGAGGAUCAGUACAGCCGGAUACAGCAUCCCAGACCUGCUCACCAGACUGGUGCAGAUAGAGAGACUGGAUGCUGUGGAGUCACUAUGUUCUGAUGUACUGGGAGGAGGAGAUACAAACACUGUCCCUCUGUCCUCACCACGGUGUGCAAGCGUCUGACUCAUAUACACACUAAUGUUCACACACAUUCCUAUACACACAUGCAAUAGACGCAUGUGCUUAUACCCGCACAUACAUUCAGAAACAAACAGUUUUAGCCCUCAACAUGAAGAAUGCCAGCAGGCCUCUCCAGAUCUCAAAUCUCUCUCCUCAUCGUCUCUCUGUCUUCCUCUGGCAAUGGACUGGCAAUUAACCUUGCUCGACAAAAGCUUUUUAUAACAUUCUUUAACAUUUUUGCUUUUGUUUACAUAGAUCACAUGUAGGACAUUUCAUAAUAUCAGAUUUUAAAAAUGGCAUAAUGGACCUCUGCCAGGACCCCUGUGGACCCAGACCCUCUAUUACCCAGCAGCGGUCAGCUGCUGCCACUGGCUCUAAUUGGUUAUCAUGUGGCGGUCUGGUAUAAUAGUGUUGUGGUUCACAGUCGAGACUUUCAACACCUAAUUAACCACUAAAACCAAUGAACCAGUAAAGACCAGAUGCCAGAGACUAUUAAAGAGACUGCUAACAGACUAGGCCUACUGCAGCCUGAGGAAUGCAGGGAGACAGAACUCCAGGAGACCCAGCACUGAGCAACGCUAUGGUCAGCCGGGCUCUGAAACUAUGCUGGGUGAUUCCACAGGAUGGCAGCCAUUUUGUGCCAAAAAGCUCAGCACAUACAGUGGGGAGAACAAGUAUUUGAUACACUGCCGAUUUUGCAGGUUUUCCUACUUACAAAGAAUGUAGAGGUCUGUAAUUUUUUAUCAUAGGUACACUUCAACUGUGAGAGACAGAAUCUAAAACAACAAUCCAGAAAAUCAUAUUGUAUGAUUUUAAAGGAAUUAAUUAGCAUUUUAUUGCAUGACAUAAGUAUUUCAUACAUCAGAAAAGCAGAACUUAAUAUUUGGUACAGAAACCUUUGUUUGCAAUUAUAGAGAUCAUAAUUAUAGAGACCUGUAGUUCUUGACCAGGUUUGCACACACUGCAGCAGGGAUUUUGGCCCACUCCUCCAUACAGACCUUCUCCAGAUCCUUCAGGUUUCGGGGCUGUCGCUGGGCAAUACGGACUUUCAGCUCACUCCAAAGAUUUUCUAUUGGGUUCAGGUCUAGAGACUGGCUAGGCCACUCCAGGACCUUGAGAUGCUUCUUACGGAGCCACUCCUUAGUUGCCCUGGCUGUGUGUUUUGGGUCGUUGUCAUGCUGGAAGACCCAGCCACGACCCAUCUUCAAUGCUCUUACUGAGGGAAGGAGGUUGUUGGCCAAGACCUUGCGAUACAUGGCCCCCAUCCAUCCUCCCCUCAAUACGGUGCAGUCGUCUUGUCCCCUUUGCAGAAAAGCAUCCCCAAAGAAUGAUGUUUCCACCUCCAUGCUUCACGGUUGGGAUGGUGUUCUUGGGGUUGUACUCAUCCUUCUUCUUCCUCCAAACACGGCGAGUGGAGUUUAGACCAAAAAGCUCUAUUUUUGUCUCAUCAGACCACAUGACCUUCUCCGAUUCCUCCUCUGGAUCAUCCAGAUGGUCAUUGGCAAACUUCAGACGGGCCUGGACAUGCGCUGGCUUGAGCAGGGGGACCUUGCGUACGCUGCAGGACUUUAAUCCAUGACUGCAUAGUGUGUUACUAAUGCCUGCCAGGUCCUGCCGUGUAGUUCUGGGCUGAUCCCUCACCUUCCUCAUGAUCAUUGAUGCCCACGAGGUGAGAUCUUGUAUGGAGCCCCAGACCGAGGGUGAUUGACCGUCAUCUUGAACUUCUUCCAUUUUCUAAUAAUUGCGCCAACAGUUGUUGCCUUCUGACCAAGCUGCUUGCCUAUUGUCCUGCAGCCCAUCCCAGCCUUGUGCAGGUCUACAAUUUUAUCCCUGAUGUCCUUACACAGCUCCCUGGUCUUGGACAUUGUGGAGAGGUUGGAGUCUGUUUGAUUGAGUGUGUGGACAGGUGUCUUUUAUACAGGUAACGAGUUCAAACAGGUGCAGUUAAUACAGGUAAUAAGUGGAGAACAAGAGGGCUUCUUAAAGAAAAACUAACAGGUCUGUGAGAGCCGGAAUUCCUACUGGUUGGUAGGUGAUCAAAUACUUGUCAUGCAAUAAAAUGCAAAUGAACUACUUAAAAAUCAUACAAUGUGAUUUUCUGGAUUUUUGUUUUAGAUUCUGUCUCUCACAGUUGAAGUUUACCUAUGAUAAAAAUUACAGACCUCUACAUGCUUUGUAAGUAGGAAAACCUGCAAAAUCGGCAGUGUAUCAAAUACUUGUUCUCCCCCCUGUAUCAGCUAAUGGUGAUAAGCUCCCAGCUACAGACAUUUCAGGAAUAAGAGAAGCCUCCUGUGUGUUUGGUUUAUAGUGUUUUAACAGUGCCUUUCUAUACCUCCAAGGAUGCUUUUUCGGUUGAGUGACUGGGGAGGCACACUCCCAUUGCUCAGUGUGUCUUCACUGCUCUGGUGUUUUAAGUUAGCCACGUUUAAAGGGGCUGGACUCCGGUAGUGUAUAUGAAUAAUAAAUGUGCAUGUACAAUGCUCAUCAUUUAGCACGUAUCCAUAACAGCUUCUUUAAGUUUCUCCUUGUUAUUUUCAAUUCAAACACAGCGUCAACAGAAGGCUAGUGGUUUAGGUAGGUAGUUUAGUGACAGAAGAUGACUGACUGUACUGUAUGUGCAGAACCUGGACCUCUUACCUCAGGAUCACAAACGCUCCAAAGACUAAACUUUAGAAACAAUGGAAACAAAAACAAUUUUAUGGAAAAAAUGGAAAUGUAUAUAUAUAACUUAUUAUUGUACAUACUGUAUGCAUCAA